AAAAAAAUUAGGUUUACACAUUUUUUUUUAAUUGCGUCAACAAGAAUAUUUUUUCUGUUCGUCUUAACCGGAUGUACGUCAUCAACGGAAACUGUGAUGCAGCUGGAUUGUUCAACGGUGAACAUGUGAGAUUUGAGUAUAUUGUCAUCAUCACAAACCAUUGGAACUACUUCAAAUUGACUAGAGUGAAUGUGGAAGUGUAGAGUGUGUGCAGUCGUAGAAUCCAGUAGGUCUCAGUUGCUUAAACAUUACAGACUAAAGCAUAGGCAUUAUAGUUGUAGCAGGCGUUAUCCAUGUCCGUAUUUGACUUGCCCCGUUACCUUCAAAACAUGGAAUAGCCUUUGUGCACAUUUAAGUAGAGUCCACAAAACACACAGAUCACAAGAACAAAUACCUUUGUCAACAUUUAGUUGCCCUGUAUGUGCAUGUAGUGAUCUUGCAUCUGAGAGGGAUUUUUUUCUGCAUUUGAAUAGCCAUUUACGGAGUAAUGAGACUGUCCAGUGUGUAUUUAUUGGUUGUAGCUUUCAGACAAAUAUAUAUGCAACUUAUCAGUCUCACAAGAACAGAAAGCAUAAUCCACAUUCAGUGAAAGAUUUUAAGCCUGGUGUAGUUAAAACUGCAGGGGUAUCUGAGGACUUGCAAGGUGACGUUUUGGAGGAUGAUGAUGAUACGUGUACUGUAGAUGCAACGGUCAGUCUUUAUCAAAGCAGUGAUUCUGUAGUACUGGACUUGUCAAAAAUUAUUGAGACUAAUUUCGCUGCAGCAUUGUUAAAAUUAGAGCAUGUUAGACAUGUGCCAGCUACUGCAGUCAAUGAGUUUUUAGAGGAAUUGCAUUUUUUGCAUACAUCUGCAUCAGCGCCCCUCUCGAUUAAAAAUAUUCAGGAAGUGUUGCAGAGCCAUAACAUUAUUAUUGAUAAACUAGUUGUUCAGGAAAUCGCUUCAGCAGCCUCCACCUCUACUCCUUUGUUCAAAGCUAUUGGGAAGGGUGGUCCUCUUAGCUCUGAUUACCAGCGCAAGAGGUAUUACAAAGACAAUUUUCAUGUUGUAGAGCCAACUGAAUAUAUUCUUGAUUUUAAAGAAAACAGAACCUAUCAGUAUAUCCCCAUACUGCAAUCUUUACAGCAGAUCUUGAAAAGAAGAGAUGUAGUGGACAGCAUUGUUCAGAACCACAGAACUCAGCAGUACAGUGAAGAUUGUCAAGAGUACAGGACAUUUCAGGAUGGCAAAGUUUACAAAGAGAACACAUUUUUCUCAGGGGAGGAGUUGAGAUUGUCUUUAAGUUUGUAUGUGGACGAUUUUGAAGUUUGCAAUCCCCUUGGUACCUCUCGGAAGAUACACAAACUCUGUGCUAUUUAUUGGAUUUUAAACAAUCUACCUCCUGGAUCACAUUCAGCUUUGUCUAAUAUUUACUUAGCAGUGCUUUGUAAAACUGAGGAUGUGAAGAAAUUUGGGUACCAUAGAGUUCUGGAACCUCUCAUUCAAGAUUUGCGUACUCUUGAGCAACAUGGAGUCUUUGUCUCUCAAUUGGGAAAAUUUCUCAAAGGUGCUCUUCAGUUUGUAGUAGCAGAUAACCUUGCAGCGCAUGGGAUAGCAGGCUUUAUUGAAAACUUUUCUGGGGAAUAUUUCUGUCGAUUUUGCUUAGCGAAACGCUCAGAAAUUCAGACAAAUGAGGUCCGUUCUGGUUCUUUUGUACGAAGGUCAAAAGAAAUUCAUGAAUCUCAUGUGAAGCUAGCUCAGCAAACAAAUUCUCCUUCCUUUGGUGUUAAAAAAGAGUGUGUGUUCACCAAGCAUCUCGAACACUUCUGUGUUACCUCUGGCUAUCCACCGGAUAUUUUGCACGACCUUUUGGAGGGAAUCGUGCCAAUUGAGAUUGCACAGUGCCUUUCUUUUCUUGUAUCUAAAAAAUAUUUCACAGUGGAAACUCUCAACAAGAGCAUUGCUAAAUUUCCUUAUACAGGAACAGAUAAGACAAACAAACCGCAUUUAAUACCACAUAACUUUGCAAGCAGAAACACAAUAGGAGGCAACGGACAUGAAAACUGGACGCUGUUAAGGUUGCUCCCAUUGAUGUUAGGUAAUUUAAUUCCAGAGGUUGAAUUGGCAUGGCAAGUUCUUUUGGAUUUGAAGGACAUUGUGGAACUUGCUGUUGCUAGGUUUCACACGGAUGACACAAUUGCUUAUCUUCAAUGCAAAAUCACUGAACAUAGACAGAAGUACACAGAGCUUUUUCCAGUAACUCUGUUGCGACCAAAACAUCAUUUUGUAGAGCACUAUGCUGAGCUCAUUAAGUUGUAUGGUCCACUUGUAGGGCAGUGGACCAUGCGCUAUGAAGCAAAACACAGCUUCUUUAAGCAGGUUUCACGGCAUACAAAAUGCUUCAAGAACAUUCCACUGUCAUUAGCAGUGAAACACCAGCUGAUGAUUUCAUAUUACAUGAGGCCUUGUAGCCUACAGAAGACUGACUUUGAAGCCCAUGACGUUUCAACAGUUUCAGUUGAUGUUUUGAACCAAGCAGCUGCUAAGGAAAUUAAGUUGAGGUAUCCAAGUGCAAGUGAAGUACACCUGACCAAAAGUGUGAUCAGUAAGGGUGUUGAGUUCAGAAAUGGAAUGGUAGUUGCACAAGGCUCUACAAGUGGGCUGCCAGACUUCUGUGAGAUCCUUCAAAUUUGCUUGGUUCAGGAGAGUAUGUGCUUCAUUGUGAAGAGGCUGUCAUCAUGGUACAGAGAACACUACCGUGCCUUUGAAAUACAUGCUACAAGUGACAUUACCUUGCUUGAAGUUGCUGAUUUACCAGAUCCAUACCCUUUGGCAGCUUACUCCACUGGAUCUGUGAGGAUGGUUACUUUGAAACGAUUCCUGACCGUGACAGAUUAGGAAAGGAAAUGGCGUCAUUCAAACUGCGGGUAAUAUGGGGUGAUGACAAUUCUCAGCGGCUCACUUUCAGUGAUGGCAUGCCAGCAUCUCUGAAUGUACUCUCCAAAAAGAUUGAAAAUGAAUGUGGCCUCCAAGGGCAGCAAUUUCGUCUUCAAUAUAUGGAUAAAGACUUCAAUGAAUUCAUGAACUUGACAUCAGUCUCUGACCUCACUGACAAAGACACAGUCAGGGUUGUUUUUUUUACCUCUAGAUCCAGUUCUUCCAGCCAUAUGCCUGAUGAGUUCAGUCCCCUUGCCCAUUGUAAUUCUUCUGAAUCCUGUGAUGCUGAUAAUGAGAACUCAUCUGCUGAGACUUCAGAUGCUGACAUUUUGUCUUCUUCCACAUCAGCAAGGUCAUCAUUAUGGCCAACACCUUUCAUUCUGCCUCGUUUCUCUUAUGAUGUGCAAUUGAAACUGAAUCAUGGCAACUCGGCAUUCAGAAACAAUGGCCAAUUUUUGAUUCCUGACCCCAAACUCAAGUCAGGUAUCCUAGAUGCUUUGGCAGAGGAAAUAAUAAACUACAAGGCAUAUCCAUCUGACUCUGAGUUCAGUGAUGUGGCUAAAGCACUGGUAGCCAAACAUCCAUGCCUAAAAGAGCAAGGCUCUGCCAGUGGCUACAGUGGAUGGAAAAUGAGUUUAAAGUUCAAACUUGCAAACUACAGGAGUAAACUGAGAAGACUGGGAUGCCCUGAAGUUACAGUUAAUGCCCUUAAGCACAAACCAGAAGGAAAGCACAGCCCUGCCUUUGGAGUUAAAAAACCAAAGAAGGCAGAAGUGAACUACUGCCCAGUAUUUCCUGCAGGAGAAACUGCGGAAAGCCAGGAAAAGAUGAGGGUGGAGCUCCUUGCUGAACAGAAGAAAAGAAACAAUGAUGAAACUGUGAGGAAGAUGAUGGACAUGACUUUCGCAUACAGAAGGCACGAGGUUGUCCAUGAUUCCCCUUUAGUCGCAGACUUUAGAAGCAGAUGGCCCGCUCUUUUUCAAGUGCGUGAGAUAAAUGCUGAAUUUCGUCGGAUCACAACCCUUCCUUUACAGUCCAAAUUCCUGUCCCAACUGGAUUGGUUCUCUGAUGAUCUGCUAAAAGUGUUUACCAAAAAGGGUGGAGUGGUUAGAAAAAGGAUUCAGGAUGUGAUGGUGCCAAUGUCUCAGAAAGCCACCAUAGAGACCAAGCGAGAGUGCAUUCUUAAGGGGCUAUGCAUCUACCUGAAUGAAGAUCCACAGGAUCUGGUGAGGGAGUAUUUGGAUGUUGAUUUUGCGAGCAACGAGGCGGACAUCAAGAAGACCGUUUUGGGGAUCUAUGUUGUAAAACAUGAAUUUGCUGAUACAACAGAAGACCCUGAAGAUAUCGGCAUUGUGCUGGAAGGUGUGGAGGUGCUCUCUGGUUUGGGUAAUGUAGCAUUGGCUACAGCCAUGCUACUUGGGCUAAUAUACUCUUUAAACCUUACUUAUCCACAGGAGCUCCAUUACACUUUUGAGGUGCUCCAAAAAAUUAUUCUGGAGCUGGACUCGCAUAAACUGUCCUGCCAAAGCACAGGCACUGAAAACAAAACUCUUCACUUAGAGAGUGUGAGCGGUGCUGUGUUUGAGGGCCCCUUUGUGUUCAAGUUAUAUGCAAUUUCUCAUGUUUGCACUUUUCUGAGCAGAGGACAUCUUAUUUUUCAAAAUUUUGGUUUGCUUGUUCAAUUGAACGUUUACCAUGUUUACAAGUAUGAACAAGAAAGCAUGCAAUUUAUAAAGUGUGUGUGCCCCUUUCUAAACUGAUGUGGUUUUAAGUUUCUCAGUUGCUCAUUUAAUUGCCAUUUUCAUGUUAAAAUUAAGAACAAAAGGAAAUGCUGGGUUAUAUUGUCUUGUAUGCUCGUGUUCUUGUUAUUGGCAUUUUUGCACUGUGAGCAGAGGUGUCUAUAAGUUUAGUUAUUGAUCAGUCAUGUGAUUGCCAUCCUCAUAUUAACAGUUCUGAAGAAAAAAAAGAAGAAGAAAUGCUUGUUUUUUCUUGUAUGCUCGUGUUCUUGUUAUUGGCAUUUUUGCACUGUGAGCAGAGGUGAUUAAGUCUAUCAAUCACUUAUUUAAUCGGCUCACUCAUUUAAUCUCAUGUUAAAAAAAAUAAAAUGCUGUUAUAUUCUCUUGAAUGCUCAUGUUUUA